CUGACAAGGCUGGGAAGCAACACUGGUACCUCUGCAGAGAGCCUGUUCCUGGCUCUAGGGCUGAGGCAGUGACAGAGGAAUAGAAGGAUAAGCAUUGCUAGAGGGAACUGGAGCCUUUCUUGCUAAGCUUUUUGUUUAGGAGAAGCUCAUUAGCUCCUUUUGCCAGUGAGAGAGCAAGCCAGCUUGGGCAGUUGGAAGAACUUCCCACCCUCUCCUUUCUCCCUUAGACCAGGGAGGCAUCAGGCUUUGGAGCAGUGAUGAAAUGUGAAAAACUCUACUACAGGCUCUGCUGCUGCAUGGUUUUAUAUCUCUGGGGCAAAAGGACACACACCUUGUGGUAAAUGUGCCACUAAAAGAGCUGUCCCUCCUUCGGGAGAGUGCCAAGCUCCUCUCAGCAAGACUGGACAAGACCCUUUUCUCCAAUGCUGCCCACCACUGCCAUGGUGAUUUCCUUUGCACUGGGGGGAGAACAUGUCCUGCAGUUCUGGACAAGCUCCACAUCUGCACCCUGCUGUGGGCCAUAGUUCUGUGCAGAUCUUCAUUGCACUGGAAGAGGAGGCUGUAGUGUGAGAUGAAAACGCGGAGGCGCUGCACGCACACCAGCAGCAGGAAACAUGAGUUGGUUAGCGAGGAAAAAAGGAAAGCCCAACAGAGGAGGAGGACGAGGCAAAGGAGGCGGUGGAAAACGAGGAGGCGGCAGUGGCCAUUCAAACAAGCCUCAGCUCGGUGGAAGUAGGAAAUGUUCAACCAAAAUUUGGGACGAUGGAGAUGAUUUUUGUCUCUUUGAGGAACCUAGGCUAGAAUCCAGAUCAAGUGCCCCUGCCAGAAGAGGAGGGCAAAUGAAGCAGAGACCUGAAGCAAGAAUGCCUCUGCAGACCAUACACAUGACAUCAGAGAACCAGAGAAGAGUGAAAGAACUCCUUCAAGAGCUGCAAGGACAGGAGCUGGCACCUGAAUCAGAUGUAGCUGGAGAAGAUGAUGAUGAGCCUGAUUACCUGGAUGAUGAACAGUGCUGGUCAACAGAACAGGAAGCUUCUGAUGCAAUGCCAAGGUUGUCUGCUGAGCCAGCUGAGCACAGAAUUGUGGACAGUGAAGUGUCUUCAUUUGCUGUGCACAAACUCUCCAGGUACGGUUUUGACUGCGAGCGCUGUAGGGCAGUGCUGAGAUCCUGCAAUGGUAAUAUUGGGGCCUCAUUGGAGGAUUUGCUAUUGCAGUGCUUCUCUGAAAAGUAUGGAGAGAAGAUGCAGGUUUCUGCAGCAGCUGCUGAAGCCAGUCAAGAGGAAUGUUUAGAGCAGAGACAAGAAGAAGCUUUUGCCCUCCGGUCAAUUUAUGGAGAAAAGUUUGUAGAAAGGAUUAAAAAUCGUGUUUGGACUUUCAGUUUGGAAUUGGACUACCUAGCACACAGGUUCAGUAAAUCUAAACAAAAAAGUACAAAGGACACAGCAAAACAGACUUCAAAGGAAAUAUGUAAAUUUUACCUCCAAGGAGGCUGCAGGUUUGGUUCAAAAUGCAGAUUUAGGCAUGAAUUCCCCCCAAACCAUCCAUUAAACACAUCCAAGAACUCUGUAGAUGAUGCUCAUCUCAGAGACAGUGAUGGUCCCAUCUAUGAACUUGAAGUGAGAUUUCCUGAUGAGAACAAGUAUCCUCUUCAAGCACCUCUUGUGGCAUUUUACUCCACUGACGAGAAUCUGCCUCUUGCUUGUCGUCUGCACAUUGCUGAAUUCCUCUUUGGAAAGGCCUUGGCAGCUGCAGAGUCUCAUGAGCCGGUGGUGUACACCUUGGUGACUUGUUUAGAAGAUGAACACGAGAUCAGUGAGCUCCUGAGCAAUACUCAUCACAAGUUCAGUGUUCCUCCUGUCUCCCUGCUGGCAGCACCUCCUGUAAAGCCACAGACAGAGAGUGCACCUGCUUCAAAUCAACAGGCUGAAGCCUCAAUAGUGUCAGAGCCUCAAGAAGAAGAGGUGGUGGCAGAAGAGGAGGAGGAAGAGCCUGAACAAGUUGUUGUGGAGAAUGAGAGUUAUGUGAACUUGAAGAAGAAGCUUUCCAAAAAGUAUGAUGUGCAGGCAAAGUCUCUGUAUAACGAAAAUGUUAAAAUCUGCGCGCAGUUUCGGCAGAAAAAGUCUUCCAGGCACUUUCAGUCCAUGCUGUAUGAAAGACAGAAGCUCCCUGCAUGGCAAGAGAGAGAAAACAUUCUGGGUUUGCUUGAGACCCACCAAGUUCUUGUUGUGAGUGGCAUGACAGGAUGUGGGAAAACCACUCAGAUUCCUCAGUUUAUCUUGGAUGCUUCAUUGCAAGGCUCUCCAAGCAGAGUUGCAAACAUCAUCUGCACUCAACCUCGCAGGAUCUCUGCCAUUUCUGUGGCUGAACGUGUAGCCAAGGAAAGAACAGAAAGGAUUGGACUCACUGUUGGCUAUCAGAUCCGUCUGGAAAGUGUCAAGUCCUCAGCUACCAGGCUUUUGUACUGCACUACUGGUGUGCUGUUGAGAAGGCUGGAAGGAGAUCUGACUUUGCAGGGAGUCACUCAUGUUAUUGUUGAUGAAGUUCACGAAAGAACAGAAGAAAGUGACUUCCUGCUGCUGGUUUUGAAGGAUAUAAUGGUUCAGAGGCCAGACCUGCGCAUUAUACUGAUGAGUGCCACCCUGAAUGCUGAGCUUUUCUCUCAGUACUUCCACUCCUGUCCAAUCAUUAACAUACCAGGUCGAACGUUUCCUGUGGACCAGUUUUUUCUGGAAGAUGUGAUUGCAAUGACAAGGUAUGUUUUAGAGGACAGCAGUCCCUACAGGAGGAAGGUAAAGCAAGAACAGAGUGGGAGACACAAAAGAACUGCAUUUGAAGAAGUAGAGGAAGACCUGAGGCGUGCUGGCCUUCUGGAAACCACUGAGACCGUGGUCAGAGAUUCAGAUCCAGACCAGAAGUUAACUCUGAAGCAGCUCCUUACACGAUAUAAAGGGGUUAGCAAGGCAGUGUUGAAAACAAUGUCUGUCAUGGACUUGGACAAAGUUAAUCUAGAAUUAAUUGAAGCCUUGCUGGAAUGGAUAGUUGCUGGCAGACAUUCAUACCCCCCAGGUGCUGUGUUGAUAUUUUUGCCUGGCCUAGCAGAAAUCAAGAUGCUUUAUGAGCAGCUUCAGACUAAUGCUCUUUUUAAUAACAGGCACAGCAAGAGGUGUGUGGUUUAUCCACUUCAUUCCUCACUGUCCAGUGAAGAACAGCAGUCUGUGUUCCUCAGGCCUCCUGCAGGAGUUACCAAAAUCAUCAUCUCUACCAACAUUGCAGAGACAUCUGUCACCAUCGACGAUGUGGUCUAUGUGAUUGACUCUGGAAAAAUGAAAGAGAAAAGAUAUGACCCAAGCAAAGGAAUGGAAAGUCUGGAGGACACCUUUGUGUCCAAGGCCAAUGCUCUGCAGAGGAAAGGGCGGGCAGGACGUGUGGCCUCAGGCGUCUGCUUCCACCUCUUCAGCAGCCACCACUACAACCAUCACCUUGUAAAACAGCAGCUGCCAGAAAUACAGAGAGUGCCCUUGGAGCAGCUCUGUCUAAGAAUUAAGAUCCUGGAGAUGUUUUCUGAGCAGAGUCUUCACUCUGUCUUAUCACGACUGAUCGAGCCCCCCAGGACUGAGUCCUUGCAGGCAUCAAAGGUGCGGCUGCGGGACCUGGGAGCGUUAACUCCGGAGGAGAAGCUCACUCCUCUGGGAUACCACCUGGCUUCACUGCCUGUGGAUGUCAGGAUUGGCAAGCUCAUGCUGUUUGGCACCAUCUUCCGCUGCCUGGAUCCUGCACUGACCAUAGCAGCCAGCCUGGCCUUUAAGUCACCUUUUGUGUCACCAUGGGAUAAAAGGGAAGAAGCAAACAAAAAGAAGCUGGAGUUUGCAGUAGGAAACAGUGACUACCUGGCUCUUCUCCAGGCCUAUAAGGGAUGGCGUUUAAGUAUCAAAGAGGGCUCUCAGGCAAGCUACAACUACUGCAGGGAGAACUUUCUGUCAGGAAGAGUUCUUCAGGAAAUUGCCAGUCUGAAGAGGCAGUUUGCAGAGCUGCUUUCUGACAUUGGCUUUGUGAAGGAGGGAUUGAGAGCCAGGGAUAUUGAGAAGAAGUGGUCCCAAGGAGGCGAUGGCGUGUUGGAUGCCACAGGAGAGGAGGCAAAUUCGAAUGCAGAGAACAUCAAGCUGAUCUCAGCUAUGCUGUGUGCUGCACUGUAUCCCAAUGUUGUCCAGGUGAAAAAGCCAGAGGGUAAAUACCAGAAGACCAGUACAGGAGCGGUCAAAAUGCAACCAAAAGCAGAAGAGCUGAAGUUUGUUACUAAAAAUGAUGGUUAUGUUCAUAUUCAUCCUUCGUCUGUGAAUUAUCAGACCAGGCACUUUGAGAGCCCGUACCUGGUGUACCACGAGAAGAUCAAGACGAGCCGUGUGUUCAUCCGGGACUGCAGCAUGGUGUCCGUGUACCCGCUGGUGCUGCUGGGCGGCGGCCAGGUGCACAUGCAGCUGCUCAAGGGGGACUUUGUCAUCUCCCUGGAUGAUGGCUGGAUCCGCUUUGUGGCUGCCUCUCACCAGGUGGCUGAGCUGGUGAAGGAGCUGCGCUGCGAGCUGGACCAGCUGCUGCAGGAUAAAAUCAAGAAUCCCAGCAUGGAUUUGUGCAUGUGCCCCCGAGGCUCUCGGAUCAUCGGGAUGAUUGUCAAGCUUGUGACCACACAGUGACAUCAAAACAGCUUUCUGUAAAGCAUCACCCAUGGCUGCUGCCUGAGAACAGACCAAGUAACAUCAGUGUCCUGACAUAUUUAUUGGUCCAAAAUGUGGCACUGACCUCUGGAAAAACAAGACGGCAACUGUACUGUUGAGUUUUGGGUUUGUUUGCUUGUUGAAAUUAAGGUGACUUACACUAUAUGCUGGGGAAAUGACAACUCUUCCAGAAGGAAUAGAAACCUGAGUGUUUUUUAUGGGACUAUGCCCUGGUAGUAGUGUUUUCUGGUCACACAAACACCUGCUAGCCAGCUGUUUCUUGUAAUAGUCACAGCUGGAAGCAGCAUGUGGCAUAGGGAGCUGCUCCCAAAUUGGUUUAAACUCACUUCUGCGUUUUGACUAGACUUUUCUGAGGCAGUUUGGCUGACCAGGGAUCCUCUGUUUACAGUUCAACUCAAAGUCCUUGUACAAGUGACUGCCUUUAGAUUUGCAUUGAGGUUCUGCAAUUCAGACAAUGUCCUGUGGUAAGGAGAUGUACUGGAUCAGUCAGUGUGGUUUUGGAUCAGUUGCAGGUUGCUCUGGUGACAAGAUAAAACUCCAGUGUGGACAUUUUCCCUGAGAGAGGCUGUUCCAGCCCUGCCUGCACUGUAAGUAAAACAGCUGAGAGGGGACUGCUGUAGUGCAUUAAAAUGAAUUACUGGCAGCUGCCAUUGUUAAUUGCUAACAUGUUCUGGUAUAGGGUAGUCCUCCUGCCACCCUGCACAGCUAGAAUGAAGUCUCACUUUUGGAAGCUUUCAGCCAAACUCCUGCUCUGAGGACUGGGCUGCUCCACUGUGGGGUAAAAUGCUGUAGCAAUCAUGAACUAUUAUUUCCUCCCUUUGGCCUUGCUUUUAAUUGCAGUGCUGAGCAUUGCUGCAGCCAAGCUGCUCAAACACCACAUGCCUUAAGUGACAGGACUGGGCUGGCACCUUUCUGUCACCAGAGUGAACACUGCCUCCAGCACCAGUCUGAUCUACAACCUUCAGCCUGAGGCAUGAUGAGUGGAGGGAGGAACAUUGUUUGGAGAAGUUUGGUUUUUUUUAAAAAAUACACAUGAAUUGUUUGUAGGAGUUUCACACCAACACAGGCUCCUGUGGGGAAGAUGACAGGAGUAUCAAGCCCAACAUCGCUAACAGAGAACUGCAGAGAAUGGCCACUGCAGCUCUGCUGGGAUGGAUUAGCCCCAGCUGGCUCCACUCCCUCCUCUGUCCCACCUCCAUGAGCUGGCACCAGGAAGAGGGAGAAGCAUGGGAUAUGAGAAAUUCACACACUGAGAUACAGUUUAAUAAAACAAAAGCGAAAGAAUUUAUUCCCUACUUCCCUUGGGCAGGCAGGUGUUCAGCCACUCCAGGAAAGCAGCAUGCUGUACUUCCUACCAUUCCUAAAAUUACCCAGCACUCCAAAAUUUCCUUGCUAUUCUGGUAACAGCCAUUAUCAGCUACAAAGAUAAAGCAAAUUGGCAAAACUCCUGAACUAUUUUAUUAAUUCAGUAUUCACCUAUCCAUGGUGAGAUGGGGUUAGUCUGGUUUCCCAAAGCAAGGACACAUCAGCACAGCAGCAAGGCCCCCGGGUACGCUUCACUGCCAGGAUGGAACGCGGCAGACACGAGCAACUUGAGCUCUCAACUCCCCACAGAUCCUGCUACUUGAACACAACCUGCAGGUUGUGCUUUGGACCUGUGAUCUCCACAAACCCCCUCAAACUUCCUAAAAAAGGUAUACAGACAUGGACAUCCAGCAUACACACAACAGACUGGUACCUUUUCCCCCUAGCUGGUGCUGCCUGGCCCAACCUGCCUGCUGUUUUUCACCCCAGGGGCACACUGCUUGCUUCCCCAUCCCAACUAUGAACAGCAGGCUUAUCACAACUGAUUUCUUAGUUAGAAAUGCAGUUUAUUUCAAUGCACCAAUAAAAAAAAAAAAAGCCCAACAUUUUCAGAUCACAGAACACAAACACAACAGAAGAGUUUUGUAUUAGUCUGCUAACAAGACUUUUAGAAGA